CCGAGCUCUGCUUACUCCUGUUAGCACUUCUAACCUAUCUUCUAUUUUCAUACAAGAAACAAUUCCUCCCCAGUAACCAAUCCUUUGGAGUUUCUUUGUUAAACCCAACCCCCGCCUUUUUUUUGGGUGAUAUAUAUAUACAGUGACACAAAUAUACACGCAAUUAUCACCCCAUUAGCCAUAUACCAGGUACCCCUCAACAUGCCCACAGAAUUAGAGGAGCUUGUCGAAUUCCUUCACCAUGGAAAUACUCAAAUAAGACAAAUCGCCUGUGAAAACCUCGUUGGAUUCUCAACUGCGCAGCCGAACCUGUUUAAACGGCAUCAGCUCCUGCCAGUGCGAGAUUUGAAACUCCUGGUGCGAGACUAUACGCCAAUUGCAAAAAAUGCCCUGACAAUGCUCAUAAAUCUCUCGGCUGACGAGGAGGUGUUGGCUAAUCUCGCGGAUGACGAUACAUUUCUUGAAACCCUCCUUACGAAGGUGACUAACCCCAAGGAGCCGAAUGCGGAUGAUGUGUCGAUGCUUUUCGCCAAUUUAGCGAAAUCAGACAAAAUGCAAAGACUGCUCACCUUGAAACGAAGGGCUCCGGAGCCGGUAUCUACUUCUCCCAAUGCGAUGGAUCAGUUAAUGGAUUGCUUUGUGAAAGGUGCCGAGGGCGCCCUAAAUAAACACGCCAAUUAUGACUACCUGUCUUACCUGUUUGCCGACAUGUCGAAGUCUGAGCAGGGUCGUGCGUAUUUUACCUCGCGUCAGGAGUAUGAUGACGUUGUUCCCGUAACAAAACUUACAGUUUUCACCGAGCAUAAAAGUUCAAUUCGCAGAAAGGGAAUUGCGUCAACAAUAAAAAAUGUCGCAUUUGACAUCCCAUUCCACCCUACCCUUUUCUCUGAAGAUGAAGCCAACCUCCUCCCUUACAUCCUGCUGCCCAUAGCAGGCCCGGAGGAAUUUAGCGAAGAGGAGACAUUGACGAUGUUGCCAGACCUCCAGCUGCUACCUCCCGACAAAAAGAGGGACAGUGACAAUAGCAUCAUCGUAACACAUCUUGAAACGUUACUGUUGCUAGCAACGACACGGGAAGGACGAGACAGAAUGAGGGAGGUACAGGUCUAUCCCGUAAUCCGAGAGUGUCAUCUCCACGUUGAUGACGAGGAUGUCCGAGAAGCUUGCGACAGGCUGGUUCAGGUCUUGAUGCGAGAUGAAGGAGAGGAAAAUGGUCCACAGUCUCGAGUUAAGCAGCGAGAACACGAUGAUGACCAGCAGGUGGUAGAGCUGUUUUGAGAUGGUAGGUAGCCGCAAGGGGGGUUUUUCCCCCAUUCACCCCCUCCCA